AUGUCCAUCAGGGCGCUGCCAGAGGAUGUCGUUGGCAAAAUCAGGUCCUCGUCGACCAUCACUUCGCUCAACGGCGUCGUCUGCGGCCUUGUCAAGAACUCGCUUGAUGCUGGCGCCACCAAAGUCAACAUUGUGGUCGAGUAUGGCCGAGGCAACUGUGUCGUAGAAGACAACGGGCUGGGGAUCGUGCCUGGUGAUUUCUCAGAAGAUGGAGGGCUUGGGAAACCCUACUAUACAUCCAAAUUCCCACCGCAGCAUGGGCUCCAUGGCCAGCAGGGAAAAUUUCUCGCUUCACUGGCCUCUUUGUGUCUCCUGACAGUCACGUCCCAUCAUUACCGCCACAACUCGCACAACUCCAUCUCGAUUCACCACGGCAAGCUGCUGAAGAGGCAGACGCCAUCUUUGGCCGGAGAUCGGUUCCAUGUUUUUGACCACGGCACACGAAUCACUGUCAACGACUUGUUCGGUUCGCUUCCCGUACGUGUCAAGCAUCGUGCCACGCUCUUUGCGGACCGGCCUGGGCUUGACAAGGAAUGGGGGCGCCUCGUCCACGAUGUGGUCGGCCUGCUCGUAUCAUGGCCCUCUGGGGUCUCCGUGUCCUUGCGUGAAGCCAAGGGACAGCGCGAGCUACGCCUGAAGCCGCCGGAUAAUGCAAACAUGGUCUCCCGGGCGUUGCGGCUCUUUACCCAAGCAUCGCUGGCGGACUCGGGUGACGUGGAAUCGUGGGUGCCGGUGUCAGCAACCGCCGGCCACGUCACGAUCAAGGGGUGCAUCUCGCUACAGCCUGUUGCCACGCGCCGAUCUCAGUUUAUGAGCGUGGGGAUACUGCCAGUCUCGAACGAGUAUGGAAGCAAUGUGUUGUAUGAAGAAGUGAACAAGAUGUUUAAAGCUUCACGUUUUGGUCUUGAGCAACACGAGAGCAUCCUCGGUGACGAGUCGGAUACGAUUCCCCAAAAGAAGAGCAGAGGUGUUGAGCGAUGGCCCAUGUUCUAUCUUCGAAUCACUCUAAAAGGGGCCGAGGAUGUCUUCGACGUGGAUGACAUGUCACCUCAAUCGCAGGGAGACCUCGAGAGAAUCACGAGCGUAUUGAGAGCAGUCAUCUACAGCUUCUUAAAGAAAUACCACCUGCACCCGCAAAGGAUUCAAUCAUCAUCAGACAAGUCGUUGUUUUCGACCGCGCCGCGUCGGAGCACACCUCGGGCUCCCAAGGGGUCGCAGCCCGCACCGACUGCGUCUCCGGCAGCUUCGUCCUCGCAGGUUCUACCACUUGACUCCGCAUCGUCUCUGCUUGACAGUCCUCUUGACGGCUGGGGUAGGGUCAAGGUUGGCCCUCGAACUCAGCGAAAGCCGACCAAGGAGCAGCAGCAUGAAGCGGGAUCAAGUAGCUCAGAAAGCAUUGUGACUGCCAGGCUGAUUGGCGAGGGAGGGAAGCUGCUCCGCAAACCUUUCGACCUUUCCGACUCCUUUAGUCCAAGCAUCAAGGGUGGGAAACUUGACGAGGCCGGUACGCAGAGCGAGCCUGAGAUGGCCUCCCUGACACUGGCCGAGCGUCCAAAAAGAGCGGCAGAAGACUGGACAGGGGCGGAGAAGAAGCGUCCGAGGAAGCCGCCCAGCGAAUGGCUGCAAAACAUCCUCAAGUCGUGGAACAACCCCGUCUUUGAGCCGACUCAGCCCUGCGUGCCGCGUAUCAACGACGACGCGCCGGCGCCAGUGCGUGAUGCGGUGACCACUCUCGGCUCGCAUCGAUGCUGCGUCGACGACGGCGGAGCAGUUCGCUUCGAGGCUGCGUCCAUCGGCUUGCAGGGCCGGGUGUCGCGAUCGGCGCUGGCAGCGGCGGAAGUCGUCGCACAGGUUGACAAGAAGUUCAUCCUGCUGAAACUUCCCCUGCGCAACGUGACGGACGGACGAGAGCCGAGCAGCUCGUGCGCCCUUGUGAUGCUCGAUCAGCACGCCGCGGAUGAGCGGUGUCGUCUGGAGGACCUCAUGGCGGGCUACUUUACGCACGACAGUUCUAUCGGAGCCAUCAGAGCAGUCGUCGAGGCUCUUGAAAAGCCACUGAUCUUUGAGGUCUCGGAGCGGGAGCAGGAGCUGCUGCUGCGAUACCAAGAGCAUCUCGAAGCAUGGGGCAUUCAGUGCAGGAUCCAGCGACGAACAAGGCUUUCGAGGGACGCGCAGGAUGGGUGUUUGGUGACGGUGACGGCUCUCCCCCCGAGCAUAUCGGAGCGCUGCCGUACCGAGCCACGGCUGCUGGUGGAACUCUUGCGCAAGGAGGUUUGGAGGCUCAAUGACGAGGGGAUCAUUCCUGCGCGGCCACGCAGCGGCGGUGAUGCGCAACCUAUGGCGGAUUUCCACGGGUGUCCGAGGGGGAUUCUGGAGCUGUUGCAUUCGAGGGCUUGUGCCAUCAUGUUCAACGAUGCUCUUUCGGCGGAGGAGUGCGAGGGGCUCGUGAGGCGGCUCGCGAGGUGUGCGUUUCCUUUCCAGUGCGCGCAUGGGAGGCCGAGUCUGGUGCCGCUGGUUGAUUUGGGGGCGCGUCGUGGGAGAGGGUGGGUUGGGGAUGGGCAUGGGCGUGUUGAUGCGAGGAGGUGGAAGAGGUGGAUGGAGGAAUCGAGUUGA